CUAAUAAAUUUUUAAGAUUUAUGAAAUUAAGCACUCCAAUAUCUUUCAUGAUAUUCCUCACUUUUGUUCAUCAGGAAACUUCUCUCAAUGAUUUAGUAGGAAAGACAGAAUCUAGAAUAUUAGAUGAAAUAAUGACAAGUUAUCCGUCAUACAACUGGAAGACUCAGGCAAUAAUUGCAACGUUUAUUAUUCAAACCGUGCCUGUGAUAGUAAUGGCACUGGUAUAUACUUGCUUAAAAAAGUUUGUGAGAGACAGUAAGAACUCUUUGCUCAUUCAGCUGAUGUACGCUUUCACUUUUGGCUCCAUAAUGGGAGAUGUAUUUUUCCAUAUUUUUCCUUCACUUAAUAACUAUCACACACAAGAUGGCAAAGUCUUUGAAAGGCACCAACAAAUUAGAAUGCACUAUUACUUCGUUGGAGGAAUGAUCUUGUCAUAUUUCUUAGAAGUUAUUAUAAACAGACUAUUUUCAAAUCCCUGCAAUCAAAACUCGGAUCUCAACGAAGAUGAGAGUAGAGAUAAAAGAGGUGAUUCCUCACCUGUAAUCCUAGCAUUCUUCGGUGAUUUUUUUCACAAUUUCGCUGAUGGGCUCGCUAUUGCAAGUACUUUUGGAUUGAGUCCAAAGCUUGGAUUGACCACUGCUGUUGCUUCUUUUAUCCAUGAAAUUCCUGACGAGAUAGGAGACUUUGCUUAUCUCUACAAAAAUGGAUAUGGAUACCGCCAAGCUCUAUCUUAUCAACUUCUCACUGGUUUUGGAUCAAUCAUGGGAGCCUUUACAAGCUUUACUUUCAGUGGAAAUACCACAAUCGAAAUGGUCGCAGUAUCCGGAGGCUUAUUUACAUAUAUGUCUCUGCUUGUAUUCCUCAAUGAUCUGAGAGAUAGUAGUCGGAUAUCAUGGGCUAUUGCAAAUACCAUAUUAAUUUUUCUUGGACUCUACGUUAUGCAAACAGUGGCGUUGUUUCAGAAGAGUUAACUUGCUCAUUUUCAAUAUUUGAAAA